GACGCACAGCCUCUGGGCCCGUCUUUUCAGAGGCGUACGGGAGAAGGGUGUCGCUCGUCUUAUGACGCGAAAACGACCACGACUAUAAGGAUCGGGAACCGCGAAGGACUGAGGGACGCAGUCUCUGGCCCUGUAUUUUGGGAAUUGGACGGAUUGACAGGAAUGGAAACUGAAAGUGGAAAUCAAGAAAAGGCAAUGGAAGAGGAAAGCACUGAAAAGAAAAAAGAAGUAGAAAAAAAGAAAAGGUCUCGAGUAAAACAGGUGCUUGCAGAUAUUGCAAAGCAAGUGGACUUCUGGUUUGGAGAUGCAAAUCUUCACAAGGAUAGAUUUCUUCGCGAGCAAAUAGAAAAAUCUAGAGAUGGAUAUGUUGAUAUAUCUCUUCUCGUGUCAUUCAACAAAAUGAAAAAAUUAACCACAGAUGGGAAGUUGAUAGCCAGAGCACUGAAAAAUUCAGCUGUUGUAGAGCUGGAUUUAGAAGGCACCAGAAUCAGGAGAAAAAAGCCUCUGGGUGAAAGACCAAAGGAUGAGGAUGAGCGGACCGUGUAUGUGGAAUUACUUCCCAAAAAUGUUAAUCACAGUUGGAUUGAAAGAGUAUUUGGGAAAUGUGGCAAUGUUGUUUAUAUAAGUAUACCACAUUAUAAGUCUAGUGGAGAUCCAAAGGGAUUUGCCUUCGUGGAAUUUGAAACAAAAGAACAAGCAGCAAAAGCUAUUGAGUUUCUUAAUAACCCACCAGAGGAAGCACCAAGAAAACCUGGUGUAUUUCCUAAGACAGUGAAAAACAAGCCCAUUCCUGCCCUUAGAGUAUCUGAAGAAAAGAAAAAGAAAAAGAAAAAGAAAGGCCGAAUAAAGAAAGAAGACAAUAUUCAGACUAAAGAAUCAAAUAUGGACACAAGCAAAGAAAGCACCUGUAAAAAAAGAUCGAGGACCACGUCGGAGGGCUCUGAAGUAGAGGUUGCUGAACCCCAAAAGCCACCCACAAAGAAAAAGAAAAAACGUGAAAAAACUGAAGUAUCCGUCUUACCUUUAGUAAAAACAGGGAAGAGGAAGAGAAGCAGCUCUGAAGAUGCAGAUUGCCUAACUCCCAAAUCAAAAAUUAAAAAAGUGGUUCAGAAAGACAUUAAAAAAGAAGCUUCAGAAGUUUGUAAAGAAAACAAAGAAUUAGAAGUCUCUACAGAGGAGGAAAAGGACACUGGAGAUAUAAAAGAUGGAUCCCUCUUGAAAGCAAAAAGAAAGCAUAAGAAAAAACAUAAAGAGAGGCAUAAAAUGGGAGAAGAGGUGAUACCAUUACGAGUACUAUCAAAGAGCGAAUGGCUGGAUUUGAAGAAAGAGUAUUUAGCACUGCAAAAAGCCAGUAUGUCUUCUUUAAAAAAAACAAUAUCCCAAAUAAAAUCAGAGUCAGAAAUGGAAACAAACCAUGGAGUACCUACUAAGUCCGGAAUGAAAAAUGAAAAUACAGACAGUGAAGAGUGUGGGCCCCAAGAGAAGGUUCAUGCAACAGGCCCGCAGUUUGUGAGUGGUGUGAUUGUGAAGGUCACCAGCACUGAGCCUUUACCUGGCAGGAAACUAGUCAGGGAUACUUUGGCAGCAAUCUCAGAAGUUGUUUAUGUUGAUUUGCUGGAAGGAGAUACAGAAUGCCAUGCUAGAUUUAAAACUCCUGAGGAUGCUCAAGCAGUAAUAACUGCAUAUAUGGAAAUUAAAAAGAAACACUGCUGGAAACUAGAGAUUCUUUCUGGUGAUCAUGAACAGAGAUAUUGGCAGAAGAUUUUGGUAGAUAGGCAGGCCAAACUUAAUCAGCCUCGUGAAAAGAAAAGAGGCACUGAGAAGUUAAUCACCAAAGCUGAAAAGAUUAGACUCGCAAAAACUCAACAAGCAAGUAAACACAUCAGAUUUUCUGAAUAUGAUUGAAAAAAGAUUUUAGUUGACCUCUUAAGAUUUCACUGGAUACUAGAGCUAUUCUUAGGAAAUUGUUUUUUUGUUUUUUUUUUUUAAUUUUUUUAUUUUAGCCAUGCAUAGUGAAUGCUUUUCUAAAACCUACACUUAAUUGAAAGAAAUAGUUUUGUUCCUUCACUUGUAAAUAAGACUUUUUCUAGAGACAAUGACACUGUAUACCGUAAUUUUUUCAUUAAACAUUGUACUUGUUGAAAUUAUCUGAUAUAAAUCAACCUCAAAGUGAUUUAGAAAAUAAAUGUUUUGAACGUUAUCUUUUUUUUUACAUUAUCAAUUUUGUUUUCAUAUUACAAAAACAACAUAUUUGCAAAAAUAAUACUAUUACAUAAAUAAGUAGUUUAGGAAAAAAGGGUUUAAGAGAGAACUGUCACUGUACUUAUUAUUUUGUAGCUUGCCUUUUCCAUUUGAAAUAUCUGAGAUAUCUUUUCAUGUUGAUUUGUAUAGAGGUGUAUGUGUGAUGUUUCAUUCUGUUCAUUGUACUUUGCUUAUCUGAGCUUCCACUGAACUGACCAUAUAAACUGUUUCCAAUUAAAAUGUUAAGCUUUAAAA